AUGAGUGCAGCACCACUUUCCGAAGCCGAAUAUUUGGCUUCAUUUCCUCAAGUUAACGCUCCAACAGACCAAACCGGUUAUACUUCAAACUUAACCGAAGCUCAAAAGCAAACUUUAAAGCAAUUCCAUGAUCAAUUAUCAGAAUUAGGAUACACUGAACGUUUAGAUGAUGCAUCAUUAUUGAGAUUUUUAAGAGCUAGAAAGUUUGAUUUAGAAAAAACCAAACAAAUGUUUAUUGAAUGUGAAAAAUGGAGAAAAGAAUUUGGUACUAAUAAUAUUUUAACUGAUUUCCAUUACGAUGAAAAACCAUUGGUUGCUAAAUUGUAUCCUCAAUAUUAUCAUAAAACUGAUAAAGAUGGUAGACCGGUUUAUUUUGAAGAAUUGGGUAAAGUUAAUUUGAAUGAAAUGUUAAAAUUAACUACUCAAGAUAGAAUGUUAAAAAAUUUGGUUUGGGAAUAUGAGUCUUUUGCUAGAUAUAGAUUGGCUGCUUGUUCAAGAGAAAGAGACUAUUUGGUUGAAACCUCUUGUACCAUUAUGGAUUUAAAAGGUAUCUCAAUCAGUGCUGCUUAUAACGUUGUUGGUUACGUUAAAGAAGCUUCUAAAAUUGGUCAAGAUUAUUAUCCAGAAAGAAUGGGGAAAUUUUACUUAAUUAAUGCUCCUUUUGGUUUCUCAACUGCUUUUAAAUUAUUUAAGCCUUUCUUAGAUCCAGUUACCGUUUCUAAAAUUCAUAUUUUGGGUUCUUCUUACUCCAAAGAAUUAUUAAAACAAAUUCCUGCUGAAAAUUUACCAACCAAAUUCGGUGGUAAAUCCGAAGUCACCGAUGAUCAAUUAUACUUAAAUGAUUACGGUCCUUGGAGAGAUCCUAAAUACAUUGGUCCUGAAGGUGAAGCUCCAAGAGCUUUUGAUGCUAAUUAA